AUGCUCUCAUCCCGAUCCUUCUCCUCCCUCCUCUCUACGCCAACCCGCUUCCAACCCUCGCGAACACUCGGCGCCCGCCUCUCCUCGCCAACUACAACCGCAACCGCCUCCGCCUUCUCACCCCUGUCAUCACUCCUCUCCCAGAAGGCACCCUCGCAGUCCCGCUCGUUCUCCGCAAGUGCCUCCCUAGGCGUGCGCCGUGUGACGUUCCGUCCGUCACGACGGGUCCAGAAGCGCCGCCAUGGAUACCUGGCGCGCAAGAAGGAUAGGAAUGGGCGUAAGACUCUUAUCCGGAGGACUCUUAAGGGCCGGAAGGAGUUGAGUUGGUAA